UUAAACUGUCACUCUCGCCUUCUUUUGACAGGUGGAGGUCUGACUUCUUCCCCUCUCGCCAUCGCGGUUAAUGAAUUCUGAAUUCCGCUGACAAGAAGUGGGAUCCUUUGAACUGCACCAGUCAUGCUGAGGAACUGGGCAAGGUUGGGAUGGGGUCUCCCUUACUUUGUGACUCCUAGAAACGGGGCACUCCUCCAGCGUUUCUCCCACAAGCUACAAGGAAAUUCCGCCGCUGGGAUACUCAUAUCAGAGAAGAGUAUAGAUCUGGCUGUCCCCAACCCAAGCUGGAGCCAAGAAAUGGUGCACCAGUUUAACCGAUAUAUGGAGAUGACGAAAGAUGGCAGAUGGCAGAAGCUGCCAUCUUACCAAAGUUACUCUGAUCACCUUCCAGAAGGACCCUGGAAGGAAAAGCUCCGCAACCGAAAAUACCGGAUGUUUCUCCGAAGUAUCGACGAGGAAGGCAAAGGCUUUGAGUACGCCAUGUUCCUGAAGCCUUCGGAGAAGAGGGUGGCGGCCGUCUUCCAAUUAGGGCCCUACCUCGAGGGGCCUUCGGGGUUCGCCCACGGCGGGGCCAUCGCCACUAUCCUGGACAGCACGGUGGGGGCCAGCGUCAUCUACAUCAGCCGCAGGGUGGUGACCGCUAACCUCAACAUCAACUACAAGAGUCCCGUGGAGUUGGGCUCCGUGAUCCUGGUGGACACCCGGGUGGACAAGAUCGAAGGCAGGAAGAUCUUUGCGAGCGGCGAAGUCUGGAGUGUGGAUGGACAGACUCUCCAUGCAGAGGCCACAGGUCUCUUCAUCGAACUGCAGCCACAGAAAGAAACGGAUUCUAGCAGCUCCCCUUAAAACAGACAACCUGGAUGCCCGCCGCACACCUCCCGAUCCGCCUUCCUCUUCCUUAACUUUCCCACUACAAGUUCCUCUCGGAGUUUCAUCGGUAUCUCUCCUCCCUUCUUUGCAGAACUGGGUGGGACAUCAGUGUUUCGAAAACCGCAACCCACACCUGUUUGGCACGGCACCCUUUGUCGUGGAGGCGGGAGGCCGUGAAUCCCGAAAACUGUGUUUCUGGUCAGGUUGUCACUUUAUAGAUCUGUCCUUGGCGCCAUGGUUCUAAAACCCAAUGGGUGUUUUCUGGCUGCUUUCGAACUCGCUCCCCCUUUUCUUGGCCCUUCGAGGAUAUUUAUAUUUUACCCUUUCACAUGUGGUAGAUAUUUUUUCUUCUAAGGCGAGUUUCCAAACUGGUGGGAGUCGAAGAAAAUCGGAUCGGGAUUGGACCGUGGGCGUCUCUCAACUGGGCAGUUUCCUUGCAGACAUUUUAGGACCCAGCUUUGUAGCGUCAUCGGUGCUAGAAGGAAUGGGGAUUUGCGGGGUGGAGGAGGAAGAGGAGGACUCUCAAACAUGAUCAUCUAACCCAGGGGUCGGCCACCUUAAAACACUCAAAGAGCCACAAAAGUUCUAACCGGAAGCUCCCCGGUCAAUUCUGGAGCCGACCAGAAGUCCGGUUCCCCCAUCAUAGAGUCUCCUAGCGUGGCGUCCUUUUUCCUCUACCUGUCCUAACCGAAAACCCUAUCAAUUGUGGAGCCACAGCAGAGGGAAGGUAGAGCCGCACGCGGCUCCAGAGCCAUGGGUUGCCAACUCCUGAUCUAACCUUAUAUCCAGAUACACUUUUUGAGAUCCGCUCUGCUUAACCUUGGAGAUAGUUUCGGAGAGUGAGGUUGAGUGACUUCAGGAAAGGCGGUGCUGAAUUGUCCAAUGGGGCAGUGUUAACAUGGUUGCUCCCCUCCUUGGUCGCCAACACCUGGGGAGGUUUCUGCCUAAGCGCCGAGAAUCGCAGCAUCCCGCGUUCACCAACAUCUGGGCCUCUUCCCUGGGUCUGCUCACAGUCCGUGGGGUGCACAACCUUAUGUCUUGGGGUGCCUGUUAAAUGCCUACCUCUCUGCCCUGCCUUCUGAGUGCCUUACAGAAGGAUUGUUAGCACUUACCCUACUUUUGCACAAUUGUUUUACCUGUUGGUUUGAGUAACAGCGUGGUGAUUGCCAACGAGAACCAUAAAUAUAAUUUACUCUACGUGUCUUCUCUUGUUUCAUCCUUGGGAAACGGUUUGUGUAAUUUCCUCCUUGUUAUUCCUGAUUUUUUUUUUCUGAAAGCUGGGGGCUAAGGAGCAAAAAAUGGCCACAGGUCAGGGAUGGAAAA